AUGACAUCGAAAUACAACGAAAAUUUGAUAUCAGCAUCACAAGUUUAUGAAAACAUCGACAUGAUUGAAAUGAGUGAAUCAUAUGCUAAAGUUUAUAUUGAAUCAACAUUGUUUGUUCCACAGAACACAGAUCUCCAAUUUCACUUAGUUUCUUCACCAGAGAGCAAACUAUAUAUCGAUGAUGUUGAGAUUGAAGGAGGAAAUCUUACUGAAGACAUUUAUUCAUGUGAUGAAGAUCCAGCGAUGAGUGAUUUUGAAAGUCCGAAGAAAUAUUUCGAACGAGGAAAUCACAAAAUCAGAAUCGAAAUGAAUCCAGGAUGUGCGAUGCAUGAUCAAUAUGUAUCACUGAAAUGGAAAUUCUAUCGAUUACAUCGAAAUCCUAAUCCAAACUCCAUUGACUAUGAAUCCAUUCCAUCAAGAUAUCUAGGAUUACCAACAAAUCAAUAA